UCUCUCUCUGGCGAAGAAGCAAGUUUCGGGUUCAACUCUCGAGUCGUAAGCCAUGACGCUUGCAAAUGUUCACUUCUCAUGCAAAAAAACCGAAGUUCCACAAGCAGAGAGGUACACAUUGUGCAAGAAACCCACAUUGGUGGAAUAAGUGAGGUGUCUGAACAAUGGGUUUUGAGCCUUUAGUUUGGUUUUGCCGGCCAGUACAAUAUGGGAUUUGGGAGCGUGAAACACACAGUGCUUUUGGUUCAUAUACACCUUGUGCCAUUGAAUCUGUUGUGGGCAAUGUGUCUCUUUUGCUUAUUCUGGGAUUAUGCUUAUGUAGAAUAUGGCUCAUCAAGAUAAGCCCCAAAGUGCGGCGAUUUUGCUUGAGAACAAAUCGUUACAAUUAUAUAUUGGCCUUGUUAGCCAGUUAUUGUGCUGCCGAGCCCUUGUUCAAAUUGAUUAUGGGCAUUUCAAUCUUUAAUAUUGAUGCAGAGACAGGUCUUGCUCCCUUUGAGAUGGUUAAUCUGGGCAUUGAAGCUCUUGCAUGGGGCUCUAUUGUUGUCAUGCUUGCUGUUGAAUCUAAAGCCUAUGUCAAAGAACUGCGAUGGUAUGUCAGGUUCGGGAUAAUCUACGUUUUGGUGGGAGAUACUGUAAUUUUCGGUUUCAUACUUCCGCUGAAAGAUUUCUAUGACAGGUCUAUCCUCUAUUUGUACAUCAGUUCAAUUUUCUUCCAGCUUCUGUUUGGAGCCCUUCUUCUUUUUUAUGUUCCUCAUUUGGAUCCUUAUCCGGGCUACAUGCUGCUUUCAACCGAGUCUCUUGAUGGAAGCAAAGAUAAAAAACCUCUAGGAGAUCAUGUUUGUCCAGAGAGAUACGCCAAUAUAUUUUCCAGGAUUUACUUUGGAUGGAUGACUCCCCUUAUGCGUCAAGGCUACAAAAGACCCAUUACUGAAAAGGAUGUCUGGAAGUUGGACUCCUGGGAUCAGACCGAGACAUUAAGUAGAAAAUUCCGGAAUUCUUGGGCGGAAGAAGCUCAAAGAUCAAAGCCUUGGCUUUUACGUGCUUUAAAUAGUUCCCUUGGAGGCAGGUUCUGGUUCGGAGGCUUCUUCAAAAUUGGAAAUGACCUUUCCCAGCUUGCAGGACCCGUUUUAUUGAACCAUCUUUUACAGUCUCUGGAAUGCAGCGAUCCAGCUUGGUUUGGUUAUGUCUAUGCAUUUUCAAUUUUUGUUGCAGUGUCAUUGGGAGUGCUUUGCGAGGCUCAGUACUUUCAGAAUGUCAUGCGUGUUGGUUUCAGGCUAAGAUCAACUCUGGUGGCUGCUAUAUUUCGCAAGUCCUUGUGGCUAACACAUGAGAGUCGCAAGCAGUUCCCUUCUGGAAAAAUAACAAAUAUGAUGACAACAGAUGCUAAUGCACUUCAGCAAAUAUGCCAACAACUACAUGGUUUAUGGUCAGCCCCAUUCCGAAUAAUCAUGGCCAUGGUUCUUCUAUACCAGCAAUUGGGUGUGGCUUCACUUCUUGGUUCCAUUAUGUUAGUUCUCAUGUUUCCAGUCCAAACACUUAUUGUGAGCAAGAUGCGGAAACUAUCCAAGGAGGGAUUGAUAUAUACUGACAAGAGAGUUGGUUUGACGAAUGAAAUUUUGGCCGCUAUGGAUAGCGUAAAAUACUAUGCAUGGGAAAAAAGUUUCCAGUCAAAAGUGCAAAGUGUGAGGGAUGAUGAAUUGUUGUGGUUCAAGAAAGCCCAGUUACUCUCAGCGUGCAACAGUUUCAUUCUAAACAGCAUUCCAGUUAUCGUAACAGUGGUUUCAUUUGGGAUGUUUUCAUUCCUUGGUGGAGAUUUGACACCUGCAAGAGCUUUUACAUCUCUUUCUUUAUUUGCUGUUCUACGGUUUCCCCUGAACUUGCUUCCCAACUUGAUUACUCAGGUUGUGAAUGCAAAUGUAUCGUUACAACGGUUGGAAGAAUUGUUACUUUCUGAAGAGAGAAUUCUUCUACCUAAUCCACCUCUUGAACCAAGACUUCCAGCCAUAUCAAUCAGGGGCGGAAAUUUUUCAUGGGAUUCUAAGGCUGCAAGGCCCACAUUAUCGAAUAUAAACCUGGAUAUCCCGGUUGGCAGCCUAAUUGCAGUAGUAGGUGGUACUGGAGAAGGAAAAACAUCCUUAAUAUCGGCAAUGCUUGGUGAGCUGCCUCCUCUGAGAGAUGCAACCGUUGUCAUUAGAGGAACUGUUGCUUAUGUUCCUCAAAUUUCUUGGAUUUUUAAUGCAACGGUACGUGAAAACAUAUUAUUUGGAUCUUGCUUUGAUGCAGAACGAUAUUGGAAAGUCAUAGGUGUCACUGCAUUACACCAUGACCUUGAAUUACUUCCUGGUCAUGACCUAACUGAGAUUGGUGAAAGGGGAGUUAAUAUUAGUGGAGGACAAAAGCAAAGGGUUUCCAUAGCGAGGGCUGUGUACUCCGACUCUGAUGUUUAUAUAUUUGAUGACCCACUAAGUGCUCUAGAUGCUCAUGUUGGCCAGCAGGUUUUUAACAAUUGCAUUAGAGAAGAAUUGCAAGGAAAAACAAGAGUGCUUGUCACAAAUCAGCUACAUUUUCUACCUCAAGUUGAUAGAAUAAUUCUGGUCUCUGAAGGUAUGGUAAAAGAGGAGGGCACCUUUGAGGAGCUUUCAAAAAAUGGUACGCUUUUUAAGGACCUAAUGGAGAAUAUGGGGAAAAUGGAAGACCAUAUACAUGAAAAUGGAGAUGGGAAGAAUCUUGCCAUUGGACAUUCACAAUUUCCUUCUAAUAGUGUGCUAUAUGAUUUGCCAAGUGAUGCAAUCCUGACAAAUAAAAGGAAAGAAGGCAAAUCUGUUCUCAUCAAGCAGGAAGAGAGAGAGACCGGCAUUGUCAGUUGGAACGUUUUGAUGAGGUACACAAGUGCUUUAGGAGGCUCAUGGGUUGUAAUAAUAUUGUUUUUGUGUUACAUAUUGACUGAAGUUCUGCGAGUUUCAAGUAGCACAUGGUUGAGUGUCUGGACGAAAAAGAGCACUUCAAGGAGUUAUGGACCUGGUUUCUAUAUUCUGGUUUAUGCAAUUUUGUCCUCCGGGCAGGUGAUAGUGACAUUGGUAAACUCCUUUUGGUUGAUCAUGUCAAGCCUUAGUGCUGCAAAACGACUUCACGAUUCAAUGUUACAUUCCAUACUCAAAGCUCCAAUGAUAUUUUUCCAAACCAAUCCAACUGGACGAAUCAUCAAUAGAUUUUCCAAGGAUCUUGGUGAUGUUGACCGCAAUGUUGCCAACCUUGUUAAUGCGUUUCUAAGCCAAAUGUGGCAGCUGCUUUCAACUUUUGUGCUCAUAGGUCUCGUGAGCACUAUAUCUCUCUGGGGCAUAAUGCCCCUUCUCAUCUUAUUUCAUGCAGCCUAUCUCUAUUAUCAGAGCACAUCCCGUGAAGUAAAACGUCUGAAUUCCAUUACCAUGUCUCCCGUAUAUGCCCAGUUUGGAGAAGCACUGAAUGGUUUGUCGACAAUUCGUGCGUAUAAAGCAUACGAUAGGAUGGCAAAUGUUAAUGGGAAAUCUAUGGACAAUAAUGUGAGGUUUACUUUAGCUAACAUAAGUUCAAAUCGCUGGCUUACCAUAAGGCUGGAAACAUUAGGAGGCAUCAUGAUUUGGUUGAUAGCAACGUUUGCUGUAAUGCAAAAUGAAAGAGCGGAAAAUCAGGUUGCAAUUGCAUCUACCAUGGGCCUGCUCCUAAGUUAUUCAUUGAAUAUCACAAAUUUGCUAAGUAACGUCCUUAGACAAGCAAGCAGAGCAGAAAAUAGUCUAAAUGCUGUUGAACGUGUGGGCACGUACCUGGACUUACACUCUGAGGCUCCAGAUGUCAUUGAGGGCAGCCGUCCACCCCCGGGAUGGCCUUUGUCUGGAUUGAUCAAAUUUGAAGAUGUUUUUAUGCGUUACAGACCUGGACUUCCUCCUGUCCUGCGGGGCCUGUCCUUCACUAUAUCCCCAAGGCAGAAGAUUGGCAUAGUUGGACGAACUGGUGCAGGUAAAUCUAGCAUGCUUAAUGCAUUGUUCCGGAUUGUGGAGCUUGAAAGAGGAAGAAUUUUGGUUGAUAAUUGUGACAUUGCGAAGUUUGGAUUGACGGAUCUACGUAAGGUUCUUGGUAUCAUACCACAAUCUCCAGUUCUUUUCUCAGGAAGUGUUCGGUUUAAUCUUGAUCCUUUCUGUGAACACAAUGAUCCUGAUCUCUGGGAGGCUUUGGAGAGGGCACAUUUAAAGGAUGUCAUCAAAAGGAAUGCCUUCGGUUUGGAUGCUGAGGUUUUAGAAGGAGGUGAGAACUUCAGUGUUGGACAGAGGCAGCUGUUAAGUCUAGCUCGAGCAUUACUACGAAGAUCAAAGAUCCUCGUUCUUGAUGAAGCAACAGCAGCUGUUGACUUUAGAACUGAUGCUCUUAUACAGAAAACCAUUCGAGAAGAAUUCAAAUCUUGCACGAUGCUGAUCAUUGCUCACCGAAUAAAUACUAUCAUCGACAGUGACCAGAUUCUAGUUCUUGAUGCUGGUCAGGUUGUUGAAUAUGAUACUCCAGAAAAACUUCUUCAAAAGGAAGGAGGUGCUUUCUAUAAAAUGGUUCAGAGUACAGGGACUGCAAAUGCUCAGUACUUGCGCAGUUUAGUAUUAAGAAAUAUCGAAGAGAAUAAGUUCAAAAAUGGAGGGGGUAUGCAUAUCAAUGAGCAAAUGAGAUGGCGAUUAUCUUCGCAAUGGAAUGCCGCUACACAGUUUGCUCUUGCAGUCAAUAUUACUUCUUCAGUAAAGGACCUUCAAGUAUUAGAGUUUGAAGAGGGGAACAAUAUCUUCAACAAAACAAAGGAUGCAAUAGUAACUUUGUCCGAAGUUUUGGAGGGUAGACAUGACUGUGUGAUCAACGAGACUCUACAUCAUGUCAAUGUUCCAAGAGACAAUUGGUGGUCAGCUCUCUACAGAGUCAUUGAAGGUCUUGCAGAGAUGAGCAGAUUGGCCCGGAAUGGGUUCUACCGGCUAGAAGAUGGUUAUGAAGAUUCAUCAGAAACUUGGGAUAAUGUUGUAAGUAGCUGAUAUCUGCUCGAGAGACUUUAAGUCAUUCCAACCAAGAUUCAUGAUAUUCAAGUCCUAAAACCAGAUUCUGACAGUCAAGGAUUUCCUAGGAAGGAAAUAGUUAAGAGCCCGAAAUAAUUUGGCACUGCCAGCAGUUUGGCAACCUGUAGAUGCACUGGACCGUCUCUCGGUUAGGGUAGAAGAAGUUGUGUCUGCCCUCGAAAUUUACAACGUCAUUCCAUGCUUUUUGUACUUCAAAUCUGGGCAUCAAAAGUUAAUGUCCUAUUGUUGUAACGGAUCUAUGAGACAAAUUGUCGUUUCCACAAGAACUAUAUUUUAAAACUUAAUCUACUUUCUUUCUAACUACAA